GGUGGAAGAACCUUGGACAGAAACAGAGUAAAGAAUGGAUCAAUGCUAAUAAUCUUCUCCAAUAUAAGAUAUUGUUUGAUGGAUAAAACCAUUGCUGCAGCACCCUUACUGAUCUGAUCCAGUUUGACAGUGAAUCGCAGGUAGCUCUCACAGCCAAGGGGUUACAUCUACGGUGACUACCACAGGAAGAUCCUUGAGAUUACAAAGAGCCCCCUAGAGUGGGAACACAAACUAAAGCUUGUACACAACUUAGUGCAGAGACGCAGAGUUGAAAAGUGGUCUGUGGUGGGAGCAGUGGUUUUUGCCUCUAGUAUCACUCUUUGCACUCUAAAGAGAGACCUGAUGUUUAUCGUUGUUGGUGGAAUCGCAGUUUCCAUAAUAGCAUUCCUCUUUACUGCCAAGUUUCUCUACGAGCUAUUCGCACGGGUUAUCAGCUUUCUUCAAAAUGACAACAGAGGUAGGCGAGGAAACCGCACCAUUUAUGACUACGUGCGUGGGAACUAUCUGGAUCCCAGGUCAUGCUUAGUAACCUGGGAUUGGAAGGAUUCUCCGGAAGUUGGGCAUAUCAUGACCUUUAGGAUACAUUUGUUCUACAAGAAUGGCCGACCAUUUCCUGCUCACCGUCCUGUGGGAUUACGGAUUCACAUUUCACACAUGGAGCUUGGGUUGGAUGUUCCAGUCACACAGGAAGUACUCCAUGCACAGAAGAGCAAUGUGGUGAAGGUGGGCUUCACAGUGAGAAAGGCAGGAAGGUACGAACUCUCUGUCAAAGUCGGAGGAUCGAAUGUGGCUUACAGCCCAUACUAUAAAACCUUUCAACCUGGAUCUGUAUUUCCAGCAAAAACAAAAAUUCUCUACCAUUUCUCCACUUUGGUACUGACCAGUGGACAGCAGCACACAUUGCAGAUUGCCCCACGUGAUGAAUAUGAUAACCCAACAAGUAAUGCAUUGUCUGUCAUUGGGCAGGAUGAUUACAAAGUCCAAAUCAAAGAGCUUGGUGGCCCUGAAAAUGAAAUGUCAGAUGUUUUGUUUCAUAAAACCAUUUCCUUGAAUAAGUCAAAGUGCCUAGUGCUUCUGAACUUGACAUUGUGGAGAAAAGGUUGUUUUCGAGCAUCUGUUACCUACUGGGACCAAUUGAUUGGUAAUGGGGUGUUUGACAUCAUUGUUCUCAGUGAAAAUGAAAAGAACACGGUAGAAAAGAACGUCUCAACUCCAGGAACCAGUGUUUGUUUUGAAGCAUACUUGUAUAACACUGCAAAUUAUGCUAAUUCUCAGUGGCAAUUACCACCAAUACCACCGUCGAGCAUGGGUCGGCACCCAUCAACCAAUACAGAUGAAGAAGAUGAUGAGAAAGAUUUGGAUCAGGAAAGUCAGACGGCUGAAAAAGUGAAAAAACCCAAGAAGGUCUAUUGUUACAUAUCACCAAAGCAAUUCUCAGUGAAGGAGUUUUAUCUGAAAAUCAUACCCUGGAGACUUUUUACUUGCAGAGUAUGUCCAGGAACAAAGUUUUACUACCAUAGUCUAGAUCCAGUGCACAAGUUCCUCACAUUAGUGGUGGAUGAUGGGAUACAGCCUCCUGUGGAACUCAGUUGUAAAGAAAGAAACAUCAUGGCAGCAACAUUUAUUCGUUUCUUACAUAAGAACAUUGGUGGUUCUGAAACUUUCCAAGACAAAGUGAAUUUCUUUCAGCGAGAACUUCGUCAAAUGCACAUGAAACGUUCACAUACAAAGAUUGUACUGAAAAUCAGCCGUCACAGUUUCCUUGAGUCGUCCCUGAAAGCAACAAGAAACUUCUCAGUCUCUGAUUGGAGCAAGAAUUUUGAAGUGAUUUUUCAGGAUGAAGAAGCAUUGGACUGGGGUGGCCCACGCAGGGAGUGGUUUGAAUUGAUGUGUAAAGCACUCUUUGAUCAAAGCAAUGGUCUGUUCAUGCACUUCAGCGACAAUAACCAGGGGCUGGUACACCCAAACCCAGACCGAUCACCUCAUCUUCGACUGAAGUUGUAUGAAUUUGCAGGGAAAAUAGUUGGGAAGUGCUUGUAUGAAUCUGCACAGGGUGGAGCGUACAAACAGCUAGUUUGUGCUCGCUUUACUCGUUCAUUCUUGGCACAAAUUAUUGGACUCAGGAUGCACUAUAAGUAUUUUGCAACAGAUGAUCCAGAAUUCUACAAGAGUAAAGUAUGUUACAUCUUGAAAAAUGAUGUGAGUGAAAUGGACCUCGUUUUUGCUGAGGAAAAAUACAACAAGUCGGGACACUUAGAGAAGGUUAUAGAGUUGAUAGCUGGAGGUGCACAGAUGCCAGUAACCAAUGACAACAAGAUAUUCUACCUGAACAUGCUGGCACAGUACAGAUUGGCCAGUCAGGUGCGGCAAGAAGUGGAGUAUUUCCUUAAAGGCUUGAAUGAGUUGAUUCCAGAAAAUCUUCUCGCUAUAUUUGAUGAAAAUGAGUUGGAGCUGUUGAUGUGUGGGACUGGCAACAUCAGUGUACCUGAUUUCAAGACCCAUGCUGUCAUUGUUGGAGGGUCCUGGCACUUCCGAGAGAAGGUAAUGAAGUGGUUCUGGACAGCAGUGUCCAGUUUCACACAGGAAGAGCUUGCUCGGUUGUUACAGUUCACGACAGGUUCUUCCCAACUCCCUCCAGGAGGAUUUGUGGCAAUGUGCCCAUCUUUUCAGAUCAUAGCAGCACCUACGCAGAAUACCUUGCCCACAGCUCAUACCUGCUUUAACCAGUUGUGCCUUCCUACUUAUGAUUCCUACGAAGAACUGCACAAAAUGCUGAAACUGGCUAUUAAUGAAGGCAGUGAAGGAUUUGGAAUGCUGUAAUCAUGAGGCUUUGGGACAUGACAAAGUGAAACUAUCCUCUGGUAUGCUGCGAAAAAUUCAGGGUCCAGGGACUGCGAAGUUAAGAUUGACAUGGUUUGCCCAUUUGUCUGCCACUUCCAAGACAGAAAUGGAUUGAGCAAUGGUAUUCCAAUCUGAUUGUUCAGUUGCUGAAAGAUGGUGAGAUGAUCAGCAUGCUCCAGUCAACAUUUUCCAAACUCCACCGUAAUGCCAACAUUACAUACAAACACUUCAUUCCAAAAUGAAGGGGAAUGUUUUUCAGGUUCCGUGAUCAGCAUCAGUCUUCUGCAUAUUUGUCUGAUUUACAAAUGACUCUGUCUGGGGAGAUUGUUUUCAAGAUUUGAUUAUCUGAUUGGUUUGUCAGAAAGUAGAAAAACUUUGAAUGUUUGCAAGCAGCCACUCAAGCUCCGUGUCAAUUUGUUCCUGGAGCACACAAUAUUCUUUGUCAAACAGCAUUUUGAGCACACACUGAAAAGGAGUUGGUACGUUGACUUGCAACUGCAAGCCAUUGAGAGUUUUUUAUGAUUUUGCACUGACCUUGGUACAGGGCACUCAACUGUGAAAGAAACCAAAAGCAAUGCCAGAUUCUAAGACCUGUCUUCUAGAUUGUCCUGUUCAUUGAACUAUAGCCUCACUGCUGGCCUCCUCCUUGAUUAAUGACUGUCACAGCACAUCUCAAACCUUCAAAUAAUUGCAUUUUUUCCAUAAGCUGCAUCAUUUGCUGAACCACUGAGACGGGUGCCAGCCAAUCUCAGACUUUCAAAAGGGAGGCACUGUUUUCAGUUCAUAUUUCACUUAUAUUUCCAGUUUGACUGUUAGUAAAGUUGAAGUACAGAUGUUGGGAAUGUGAAGUAAGAACAGAAUACUGGAAAGAACUUAGCAUCUCCGGAGAGAGCUACAGAGUGAACAUUUCACGGCAAUGAACUUUCAUCAGAAUUCACAACUUUCGGGAUUAUACUCCAUAAUUAAGAUAGUGAAGUAGACAAAGAAUGAGUUGAUCACCAAUGAGUGGGAUCGAACGUGGGAGCACGAAAGGUCUCCAAUAGUAAAUACAGUACCAUAUAACAUUCACAGAAAAAUCUAAGAUCACUAGCGAUAGAAAAUAAGUACUUCUAAUUCUCAGUUAUAUGUUAAAUACUUUCUGAAGAGGUUGUUAUUAGGAGCCUUGUCAUGAGGACUUCCUUCAAAGAAUUGAUUAUUUUACGUGGUUGAGAUUAAGCUGAUGCAUGUUAUGUCAGGUUGUGGUAUAUACAGAUGAUUCUAGUUGGAAGUUAGUAAUUAUUUUGUGGGUUGUCUAAUGUGAGUAAAAUGCUGUUUUAAAGGCAGGUUUCACAGUGCAACUGGAAGCCAGCUGGACCGCAUGGAUCUUGCCUUUUUAUUACUACAGGGAUAUCACAAGCUGAAGUACAGAGGGUGGUGACUGUGUUUGUCUCUGGUUUCAGAUCUCAGCUAAGAUUAUGCUUGUAUUGUCUACAGAAAACAAAAGUAGACUUCAAAUCAGGGUUUUUUUUUCUUUGUUAUGGCCUGAUUUUAAUCAUCCACUCAAAUACCAGUAAUAAGGAGGGAUGUAGUUCAUACGGACCAUGAAUCUUCCCACGUCCAUUGUCUGUCAAAAAAAAACUAUCAUCUGCAUUCCUCUACACGCUCAUGGCAAACUUUCAAUCCAGAUAUUCUCAUACAGGUUAGGGAGCAAAGAAGGUUGUGACUGUAAACAAUCGAAGCAUAUUUGUAGUUCACAGCACUUAUUGUAACUUGGCUUCUUAUUGCACACCUAGAAGUAGAGUUAUGGCCUUCCUUCUUUUAUAUUUCUAUUAUAUUCCUCAAUCAUGUCACAGUAAUUAAAUGCAUUUGGUUUUUAGAGCUUGUGAGAAGCAUUCACUUGUUAUUUUGUUUUUGUUGGAAUUUGAUGUCUUCUUGACAGUGAGUAACCAGAGUUUGAAUGGUACUGUUUAAUGUCAUCAGUUUGCAAAUUAAAAUGGUUGCUUAAAGGAACAACAAAAUUGUUAAAGUAGAAGCAAGCUAUAGCAACUUUACGUUCCACAUUAGAGCCUCUGCUAAUAUGUCAGGUGAGUUGGUUCGCUGAAAUGAAUGCUUUCCUAUUGAAAAUAGUUUUUUUAAAAUCAUGCACCUUAUGAAGUGAAAAGGACUUCUGCUUUCAAACUACUUUCACUCCCUAUCAUUGCUUGCUUUUUAUUAAAUCUUCGCACUGUUUUGAACAGUUCUUACAAACUUGUAACAUUGGCUUUGAAAAGUGCUGAAAGAGUCUCUAAGUUAAAAUGAUUGCGCUGCUGUAUCAAUGUGGCACUUUCAGCCUCUCUGAUGAUCUGAAGGUACGAAUGAUUUAGAAUUUCACAGGGCUCAUUCUUAUGAAGAGUCCAUUUUGUGGGAAUAAUUAUGGAGUUAUUACAAAUACAGAUCUGAUUUAUCCAGGGUUUUAACUUUUAAUACAGUUCUUCAGGCAGCUAAAUGCAAGCUACUGUGUUGCACUUUGGGUGAGAUUUUGAAUGGACGAGGGAAUUAUUAUGAUCUGCUCCUGAGUGUUUGAUGCAGUGAGACAAGACUAUCGCAGCAAAUUCUGCAUUUAAAUGGAAAUUUGAAGUUAGAGCACAGCUUCAGAAUGAUGCUAAACUUACAAGUGUGAAUUGAGUGUUAAGGGCAAAACUAACUUCAAAGAAAAGUGGAAGAACAUCUGACCAUUUCUUUUUCCUUUAGUAUCAGGUUGGUUCGUGACUCUCAACUUGAACUGCAGGAAUUAAUUGUAGCAAGAAUAUGAUUGAGACAAAACCCAGAAGUGACCUUGCAAAAAUGAGUUGCGUCUUCCUGGAAGGAAAAUGCAGAAAUACUUUCAAAGUAGAAUUUUGUUAGGUUAAACUGGGCAGGAAGUUGUACAGAACAACCUCAGUUUUCCAAACAUCAAUUAUCUAAAUUUCGGAUUAUCUGAACAAGCUCUCAAAGGCCCAUAAAAACAUUAUCCGAACAAUCAGUUAUCCAAACAAAAUACUCCCCACCCCGUCUCAUUUGGGCAAUCGAGGUUGUUCUGUGCGUAGUUCAGGGGAUUCUUUUACUACCACGAUAGUUUGUUAUGAGAGACAGUGCAUUUAAGACAGCUACUACAUGCUAAAGCUCCCUCGAGUGUAAUCUUUGAGUUCAUUCAUGUCAAUAGAUUCCGUACACUGUCUUUCUUCUUCCUCAUAUAAAAGUACCAUUGUUUUUAAUGCAAACUUUAGUUUACUAGCUAAACUACAUUAAACAGGAUUAAAUCACAAAGCUGUUAUAUGAAAGGUGGAGCUAACGUAAAAGCAAAAGCUCAUUGCAAAAUUCAGCAAUUUUUAAAGCAUGUUUAACUGAAUUCAUAAACUCGUACAGUGCAGAAAAGGUUCUUUAGCUGAUCAAGUCUGCACCAACGUAACUGCCACUAUAAGGGUGCGCUAAUCCCAAUUUCCUGCACUUGUCCCAUAUUCUAAGGUUUUCAGCCUCCACUACCUUCCAAAUUCUCACUACCUGCUGAAUGAAAAAGUUUUUUUUUCCCCUUGCCCCUUACCCUGAAACUCUGUCCUAUCGCGAUUGACCUCCUCAACCAGCUGCUGUCUACCUACUCUGUACACACCCCUCAUAAUCUUAUACACAUCAAUCAUGUCUCCCCUCAGUCUUCUCUGCUCUAAAGAAAACAAUCCAAGCCUAUCUAGUCUCUCUUUAAAGCUCAGUUUCUCCAUUUUCGGCAACAUCUUGGUGAACAUCCUCUGUACCACCUCUAGUGCAAUCGUUUUGUUCCUGUAGUGAGGUGACCAGAGCUACAGACUGUACUCCAGCUGUGCCUAAUCAAUGCUCUGUACAACUCCAACGUUACCUCCUUGCUUCUAUAUUCAAUGCCACAAUUGUUGAAGGCAAGUCUCUCAGAUGCUACCUUAACUAUCCUAUGCACAUGCUCUGCCAACUUCAGGGAUCUAUGAAUAAAUACCCAGGAUCCCUCUGUUCCUCUAACCUAUCCAGUGUCCCGUCAUUCAUUUAAAUACUCCCUCAUCUUGCUUCUUCCUCCAAAGUGCAUUGCCUUACACUUAGCAAGGGUAAGUACCAUCUGACCAACAUGUCUAUAUCUUCCUGAAACUUACAACCAUCUUUUUUUUGCUAUUAAUCAAUCAUGGUGUCAUCUUCAAACUUGCUUAACAGUCCCACCACAUUUUCAUCUGUAUCGUUUAUGUAUAUAACAAUCAAUACGGGUCUCAGAACUGAUCCUUGUGAUAUACCGCUGGACACUAGCCUAGCCACUUGAGCAGUUUUCUAACACAACCCUUUGUGUCCUUUUACUAAGUCAGUUUCUGAUCCAUCUCAUCAAGUUUCCCCCAAUUUGAUGUGCUUUAACCUUCUCAAUCAGUCUACCCGUGCAACCUUGUCAAAAGCUUUGCUAAAAAUCAUAUAAACUACAUCAUCUGAACUUCCCUCAUCCACAC